GCCAAGGUAAGAUGUUUCCUUUGUCUAGAAGGUUAAGGUGUCGUUGCUCUUUGUGAAAUUGAGAAUUGGAUGAGAAUUCGAUGCGAAUUGUCAGUGGUUUUGCAGUGUCAUUGUGGGUUAACCUCGACUAGCUGUACGAGUCUCAGUUCGCAAUUUCGAGGAAAAUAUUCGUUUGUUUUUAUGCUCUAUUUUUUGAGUUUCUCAAAGGGAUUUUCUAGCGGAGAUUCGAUCUGAGUAGCUCUGCUAUCCGAAAAUCGCUGUACGAGUAGAUAUCGCAAAUUUGAGUAGAACGCUGACUAACCUCAAAACAGACAAACUUUGAAAAAUGUUCCUCACACGUUCCGAGUACGAUCGUGGUGUCAACACUUUUUCCCCCGAAGGACGGCUUUUCCAAGUUGAGUAUGCCAUCGAGGCUAUCAAACUUGGCUGGACUGCGAUCGGCAUCUGCACGUCCGAAGGGGUGAUUUUAGCUGUGGAAAAGCGUACGACCUCUUUCCUUAUGGAACCAACCAUGGUGGAAAAAAUUGUCGAGGUUGACAAGCACAUUGGGUGUGUAUCGUCUGGACUUAUGGCAGAUUCGAGAACUAUGAUCGACAGGGCAAGAGUAGAGUGCCAGAACCACUGGUUCACCUACAACGAGAAAAUGUCUGUUGAGUCUGCGACUCAAGCUGUGUCCAACCUUGCUAUUCAGUUCGGUGACAGUGACGACGAUGGAAGUGCUAUGUCCAGACCAUUUGGAGUAGCCCUUUUGUUCGCCGGCAUUGACGAGAAAGGGCCUCAACUAUUUCACAUGGAUCCUUCUGGAACCUUUGUCCAGUACGAUGCUAAGGCUAUCGGUUCUGGCAGUGAAGGAGCACAGCAGUCACUGCAAGAAGUUUAUCACAAGUCAAUGACGUUGAAAGAAGCCACAAAAGCUGCAUUGAAAAUCUUAAAGCAAGUUAUGGAGGAGAAACUCAAUGACACAAACAUUGAAGUUAUGUCCAUGACACCAGAGACAAAAUUCCACAUGUUCACAAAGGAAGAAUUACAAGAGGUGAUUAAGGAUAUCGCAUAAGUAUCGAAAAUCAAUCAAUUUACACGCAUCCGCGCGACUAAUCAGAUCACAGGUGAACGUGAUUAGGAUGCAGCCCACUUCUGCAAAUGAAUUUUACUUGCCAACACUCGGCAAAAAGUGUCACUUAUAUACGCAAUUUUUCUUACAUUACGUUUUUCUCAAAGAAAGAAUGAUAUAAAAAGCAAAUCAUUGUAGUACAGUUUUCAUAAAAUCCUUGUGAUGGUUUA